AUGUCCUUAGAGGACAUAGUGAAGAGUUUGGCAACUAGUACACAAGCUUUCCAUCAUGAGACAAAAGCAAGCAUAACGAACUUAGAGAAACAAGUUUCACAGCUUGCCACUUCUGUAAGCAAAUUAGAAUCUCAAGGAAAGUUACCUGCACAAACUGAAACAAACCCAAGGCACAAUGUGUGUGCCAUCACAUUGAGAGGCGGAAAGAGCUAUGAUGGUCCAAAAGUGUCGGUUGAUCACAAGCAAGAAGAAAUAGUGGUCGAAGAAGCAACCAAAGAAGAGAAGAAGGAAGAGAAAACAGUCAAAAAGAAGCCCUUCAUCACUGAGUCUAAAGCCACACCUGCUCCAUUUCCCGAAAGAUUAAGGAGCUUGAAGAAAGAACGGGAGGAGAGUGAGAUCAUGCAAAUGUUCAAGAGAGUUCAAAUCAACAUUCCACUCCUUGAGGUCAUCAAGCAGGUACCUAGAUAUGCAAGGUUCCUUAAGGAUCUUUGUGUAUCUAAAAAGAAAUUAAAAGGAAAUCAAGUGAUAACAGUUGGGGAGCAUGUAUCCGCGGUUUUGCAAAAGAGGAUGCCCCCGAAGUGUAAGGAUCCCGGUGUAUUUACCGUACCUUGCAAAUUGGGGAAUCUUCAUGUACCUCGAGCCAUGCUCGAUCUAGCUGCAUCCGUAAAUUUCCUACCAUAUUCUCUUUUCAAAUCAAUUGGUGUAGGAACAUUGAGAAAAACCGGUGUGAUCAUCCAACUUGCCGACCGGUCUUUGGUACACCCAAAAGGUGUACUAGAGGAUGUGUUAGUGCAAGUCGAUGAAUUUAUCUUCCCAGCUGAUUUUUAUGUCUUAGAUAUGGGAGAUGAUGACUCUCCAAGUUCAAGUUCCAUACUUUUGGGUAGACCUUUUCUUAAAACUUCUAAAACAAAAAUUGAUGUCUACAAUGGAACUUUAAGUAUGGAAUUUGACGAUGAAGUUAUCAACUUCAAUGUUAAUGAAGAAAAAAAGGUUCCUUCUGAUGUUCCAUCUGUUAAUUUUGUGAAUAUGAUCCAACAAUUGGCUGAAAAGUGCUUAAACUCGACUAACAAUGAUUUUGUGGAGUUAGUCUUGUCACAAAAAUUAGACAGGUACAAAGCCGAAGAACUUGCAAAGGAGGGCAGUACAAACGAGGAGGUGCUGGAGAUUUUGAAAUUCAAGGAUGAUAAGCACAUGUGGAUUGAUGGAAGAGAAGUAGAGUCACCCACCACUAAAGCCAAAUUCCUUCCACCGGUGGAACAAGCACAAGAUUCGGGAGCAAAAACUCCACCGGGCUCUAUAAAGCAAAUACAUGUCGAGAAGGAGAGCACUCAACCGGUCAUCAACUCAAUUAAAUUAUCGAAGAAGGAAGAGACUACAUCUUCCAAAAGACCAAGACAAACCAAAUCAUCCGCCCGCCGUCGGAAGCCUAGGACUCCAUCACCUCCAUCCAGAUCUCCAUCACCUCCAUCUAGGUCCCCAACACCCCCAGCCGACCCAUCUCAUUGUGGUGUCGUAUGUUUUGACCCAAUUCAACAGGGCAAACUUGAGUCAUUCCUUAAACGGGGUCAUGCCAUCCAAAAAUUCGUGCAUGUUCCAACCCUAAAAGAGUUGCAUGUUUACAAUCAAGUGAAAACCCUGUUUCGCAACAUAGGGUGGCACAGCUUGUUGAGGGUCCAUGAAUUGAGCUAUAAAGUCCAAACAACUGAGUUUCUAUCCUCAGUUUAUUUAGACCAUGGGGUCCUCUACUUCCGUAUAAUGAAUCAAGACUAUGAAAUCUCCUUGGAUCAAAUCAAUGCCAUUGUGGGCGCCCCAACGGAAAACACAUUUGGCCCCACUGACCCAAUCCAAGGAUACUUUGACAUGACUUGGUGGAACCAGCUCACCCAAUUACACCCAUAUGUCUCUAGCGCUACUAAAGCCUCAUCACUUAUCCAUCCUGUGAUUAAGGUAGCCCACAGAAUCAUUGCUUCGCUCGUCGCCCCUAAGAGGAGCGAAGCACCAUCAGGGCGCUGGAACUCAAAAUCCUUUAUGCAAUGA